CGCCGGCGGGGCGUGGGUACGGGAGCCGGGCGGGCACGUUCCGAACUGCGGCUGAGGCGGCGACGGCGGCGGCGAAGGAUGCACCCGGCAGGCUUGGCGGCGGCAGCGGCGGCGGGGACGCCCCGGCUGCCCUCAAAGCGGAGGAUCCCUGUGUCCCAGCCGGGCAUGGCCGACCCCCACCAGCUUUUCGAUGACACAAGUUCAGCCCAAAGCCGGGGCUAUGGGGCCCAGCGGGCACCUGGCGGCCUAGGCUAUCCUGCAGCCUCUGCCACACCCCAGGCAGCCUUCCUGGCUGACCCGGUGUCCAACAUGGCCAUGGCUUAUGGGAGCAGCCUGGCUGCGCAGGGCAAGGAGCUGGUGGAUAAGAACAUUGACCGCUUCAUCCCCGUCACCAAGCUCAAGUAUUACUUUGCUGUGGACACCAUGUAUGUGGGCAGAAAGCUGGGCCUGUUGUUCUUCCCCUACCUGCACCAGGACUGGGAGGUGCAGUACCAACAGGACACCCCGGUGGCCCCUCGCUUUGACGUCAAUGCCCCGGACCUCUACAUUCCAGCGAUGGCUUUCAUCACCUACGUUUUGGUGGCUGGUCUUGCGCUGGGGACCCAGGAUAGGUUCUCCCCAGACCUCCUAGGGCUGCAGGCGAGCUCAGCCCUGGCCUGGCUGACCCUGGAGGUGGUGGCCAUCCUGCUCAGCCUCUAUCUGGUCACUGUCAACACCGACCUCACCACCAUCGACCUGGUGGCCUUCUUGGGCUACAAGUAUGUCGGGAUGAUUGGCGGGGUCCUCAUGGGCCUGCUCUUCGGGAAGAUCGGCUACUACUUGGUGCUGGGCUGGUGCUGUGUGGCCAUCUUUGUGUUCAUGAUCCGGACCCUGCGGCUGAAGAUCUUGGCAGAGGCAGCGGCUGAGGGGGUCCCGGUGCGUGGGGCCCGGAACCAGCUGCGCAUGUACCUGACCAUGGCAGUGGCAGCGGCACAACCUCUGCUCAUGUACUGGCUCACCUUCCACCUGGUGCGGUGAGCGGAGCUUCCCGCUGCUGCUGCUGCUGCUGCUGCUGCUGCUGGGGGCCACUGGACUCAUCUCCUGCCUGGAGGCCCCAGGGGUCCACCCUGUCUGGCCACAGGCAACGCCUCCAUCCCAUGUUCCGCCCAGCCCCGCCCCCAACCCAAGGUGCUGAGAGAUCUCCAGCUGCACAGGCCAUCGCCCCAGGGCGUGGCUGCUGUUACAGAAACAAUAAACCCUGAUGGGCAUGGCGU